AUGAACGCAGAGACAGGCGACGACGAAGCCACGGCAAGGUUGGUGUCUCGCCUGGCACAGCGUUCCACGCUGUCGAGUGACGCCAAACCCUUUAUUCCCUCAUUCCUGCAAGCACCAGCAGCCACAGCAGAAGCACAGGAGGCAAAUGUAGAGGCGGACAACGCCGUCGAGUUGAGGGGAGGCGAGAUGCUUGGAACUGGGUUGGAGCAACUUUACCGCAACUCUGACACUUACGUGCAGCUGCCCUCGGUUGAAAGCCUGGCAACCACGGCAGCCGUCGCUUCCACGGCCCUCCGCACAUUUGGAGGUAUGACGGAGGAACAGUUACAGCAGUUGGAAGAGUACCUGUGGGAUCCUUCCCAAGAGAAGCAUGGGUCGGACGAGGACGACGAACGCGUAUUUGUCAACGACGAUGACGGCAUGGCUCCGGAUGAGGAAGAGUGGCUCUUUAACCAGAUGUUGGAAGCAGCAGGUGCCGCGCAGAGCGAGACGGUUCAGAACGGUACGGCGGAGCACCCAUGA